GAACAUUGAAGCCUACAACUUCAAUCAAUCAAUGGCCAGAGUCUCCCAUAAAUAAUGCCAUAACCAAACUCUUUUCACAGUUCAAGGGUUUAUCCCUCUCAUAUAUGGCAUCCUCCAAGAAAACUAACAGCAGAGGAGCAUGGACCGCGGAGGAAGAUCAAAGACUAGCUCAAUGCAUUGAAAUUCACGGUGCAAAGAGGUGGAAAACUAUUGCAGUUAAAUCAGGUCUAAACAGAUGUGGAAAAAGUUGCAGGUUGAGAUGGUUAAACUAUCUCAGACCCAAUAUCAAGAGAGGCAACAUAUCAGUUGAAGAAGAGGAUUUGAUUAUCAGGCUUCACAAACUGCUAGGAAACAGGUGGGCAUUGAUAGCUAGGAGACUUCCCGGCCGAACAGACAAUGAAAUAAAGAACUACUGGAAUACUUGUUUGUGCAAAAAAGUUAAUCAUCACAGAAAGGUGAAAGCAGAAACUUCAAUGGCGCAACCAAGACAUUCGACUAAGAAUAGCGAGGAAAAAGUAGCAGUAGAGCAUAAAGUAGCCACUGAUGAUGGAAGUGUGUACUCAGAAUUUAACUUUGACGUCAACGAAUUCUUCAAUUUCUCCAUUGAAGGACUCUAUUCCUUCGAUUGGUUCAGGAGUGAUUAA